UUCUCACGUCAGGCGCGUGCCCGUCGUUUCUUCCGCUCCGUCAACAUGCCCCACGGAAAUGAUGUCCUUCACAGUAACCACUUCAGAAAACACUGGCAGUCGAUGGUAAAAACAUGGUUCAAUCAACCCGCCCGCAAAGAAAGGCGCCGGGCUGCCCGUAAAGCAAAGGCGCGGAAGAUAGCUCCGCGUCCAGCCUCAGGUCCGUUGCGGCCUAUUGUGAAUUGCCCAACAUUGCGCUAUAACAUGAAGGUCCGAGCAGGGCGUGGAUUUUCCUUACAGGAGGUUCGGGCUGCUGGGUUCACUCCCAAAUUUGCUCGCACAGUUGGGAUAUCUGUCGACCACAGGCGACGGAACGUUUCGGUUGAAGGGUUGCAGCGAAAUGUUGCCCGUCUCAAGGCUUACAAGGCGCGGCUCAUCUUAUUCCCGAAGAAUCCUGCCAAGCUUCAACCCUUGGAGGCCAAGGCGGACGAAGUCAAGAAGGCGACACAGCGCCAGGGUCCCGUUUUGCCAAUUACUCAACGCGCAAAGAACGUCAAGGCCCACAAACCCACGACGCGGGAGCUAAAGUACAGCGCAUUCCAUGCUAUCCGCCAGCAUCGUGCGAACGCUCGCCUUUAUGGCAAACGUCUACGCGCUCGCCAAGCUGCAGCCGCUGCAGAAUAAUUCGGUUGCCCCAUUAUCUUGUAUAAAUGUAUUCGAUUGGCUCCUGUUUUUUGUGCAAUCGGUUAAUGCCGGUAAGGUCGUUUAUCCCAGAUUUUUGGUUGUAAACUGAAGAGAGACGUGAUAUUGUUUGGAGGUAUGGAUGGAAGCCGCAUAGUUACUCAGCUGUUAAAGAUGUACGUUCCACUGGUCUAUCAAAU